GGUGCCUGGCGCGGGUGCUGGGGCAGAGGGGGGGUCGCGAGCCAGAGGAUCUAGCCCACGUGGUCCGGGGAGUCUCGCCACGUGGGAGGGGGAGGAGCCGAGACGCCGCCGGAGGGACGCCCUGACGAGGGGGCGGGAGGCCGAGUGGGUGGGGUUCCGCCUGGGGUCCGCGUGUCGGUCUCCUCGAGUGAUUUCGUUGCCCCUUCUCUCUCAGGCAGCAUGUCGGAAGGAAACGCCGCGGGCGAACCCAGCGCUCCGGGAGGGCCCCGGCCCCUCCUGUCUGGAGCCCGGGGUCUUAUCGGGCGGCGGCCGGCGCCCCCCCCCACCCCCGGCCGCCUUCCCUCCAUCCGCUCCAGGGACCUCACCCUCGGGGGAGUCAAGAAGAAAACCUUCACCCCAAAUAUCAUCAGUCGGAAGAUCAAGGAAGAGCCUAAGGAAGAAGUAACCAUCAAGAAGGAAAAACGUGAGAGGGACAGAGACCGACAGCGAGAGGGGCAUGGACGGGGCCGGGGCCGCCCAGAAGUGAUCCAGUCCCACUCAAUCUUUGAGCAGGGCCCAGCUGAAAUGAUGAAGAAAAAAGGCAACUGGGAUAAGACAGUGGAUGUGUCAGACAUGGGACCCUCUCACAUCAUCAACAUCAAAAAAGAGAAGAGGGAAACGGAUGAAGAAACCAAACAGAUUCUGCGCAUGUUGGAAAAGGAUGAUUUCAUCGAUGACCCUGGGCUGAGGAAUGACACUCGAAACAUGCCUGUGCAGCUACCGCUGGCUCACUCGGGAUGGCUUUUUAAGGAAGAGAGUGAAGAACCAGAUGUUAAACCUUGCCUGGCUGGCCCCAAGGAAGAAGACAUGGAGAUAGAUGUACCUGGUGUGAAAGUGAAAGAGGAGCCACGAGAUGAGGAGGAGGAGGCCAAGAUGAAGGCUCCACCCAGAGCAGCCAGGAAGACCCCAGGCCUCCCUAAGGAUGUAUCUGUAGCAGAACUGCUGAGGGAGCUGAGCCUCACCAAGGAGGAAGAACUGCUGUUCCUACAGCUGCCAGACACCCUUCCUGGCCAGCCACCUACUCAGGACAUCAAGCCUGUCAAGACAGAGGUGCAGAGCGAGGAUGGACAAAUGAUGGUUGUCAAGCAGGAGAAAGACCGGGAAGCGAGGCUGGCAGAGAAUUCUUGUACCCUGGCUGACCUGACAGAAGGUCAGGUUGGCAAGCUGCUGAUCCGUAAGUCAGGAAAGGUGCAGCUCCUUCUGGGCAAGGUGACUCUGGAUGUGACCAUGGGAACUGCCUGCUCUUUCCUGCAGGAGCUGGUGUCCGUGGGCCUUGGAGACAGUAGGACGGGGGAGAUGACAGUCCUGGGACACGUGAAGCACAAACUUGUAUGUUCCCCUGAUUUUGAAUCCCUCUUGGAUCACAAACACCGGUAAAAUGAGCAGAUGGAGGAGGAUGGUGCCCGUGCCCAUGGCUGCUGCCUGCUCCAGAUGUUUUGUUCUCUAAUCUGUGUGACCCAGAAGGGCCCUGUUGAGCCCACCCACUCCAGCCUUUGACAGUCAUUGUCCAAGCUUUCCCCAGGGUUCACAAGGCUCCCUCCCACAGCAGUUGUGAACGGCACAAUGACCUUCCCACCGCAUGGAGUCUGCAUAUCCUUGUUGCAGGGGACUUGUCCUUGCUAUUUAUUUUUAUAUUUAUGUCUUAAUCUCUUCAAAUGACUGCAUCCUUCCAAGGUAGAGGAGGAGGGUCUGGGAAGGUGCGGGCUUCUUUCGGUGGCCACUGGGCUGUAGGGGCAGGAAGUGAGAAUUGCAUCUUUUGCUGGUGGCCUCUCAUUCCUCCCAGGAGGCAGCGCAGGAGAGAGACCAGGUAAUAAGUCUGAGAUUUAAGUGCUCGGUUCCAGCUUGUGAGUUCCUAGUUAUGUGUCCUUGGACAAACUACCUAACCUUUCUGAGCCUCAUAUUCCUCGUCUGACACAACUGGGGAUAAUACCUACCUCACAGGGUUGGUGUGAGGAUUACAUGGGAUAUAAUAGAUGAAAGCUCCUUGCACAAGGCCAUACCCAUUGGCACUCAAUAAAUGUUAGUUUCCCUA